UUCAGUUCGCUCUUGUGCACCACUUUGUACGCUUAUGCGUGUGUGACAUCUCUUGGUUGUAUUAACUCCUGUCAACUGUCAUUGGCGGUUAUACAACCGGUGGGACAUUGAUACGGUUUUCGCGGUGAAGUUGUGAGUUCGAUUCUAGAGCGGAGGAGAAGUUAGUUCAGCAACAUGUCGAAGAAAGAUGGACAUGGCCGCUCAGAUUCGUAUCGUGUAGCUACAAUUCCAAGCAAUUAUGAUGACAACAAAACAGCUGAUGGCAGAGCAAAGUCUCGAAGGAAAGUGAAGAAAGUUAGAAAGGCUGAAGAUUUAGAUGAUCUGAAACAAGAAUUGGACAUCGAUUAUCACAAGAUCUCACCGGAAGAAUUAUAUCAAAGGUUCCAGACACACCCAGAAAAUGGCCUUAGUCACGCGAAAGCGAAAGAAAAUUUGGACAGGGACGGACCCAAUGCCCUUACGCCACCCAAAACAACGCCCGAAUGGGUGAAAUUUUGUAAAAACUUAUUCGGUGGUUUCGCUCUUUUACUGUGGAUCGGCGCAAUCCUUUGUUUCAUAGCCUACGGAAUAGUAGCUAGUACGGUAGAAGAACCUAAUGAUGAUAAUUUGUAUCUCGGCAUCGUUCUAACUGCCGUCGUUAUCGUCACAGGUAUAUUUUCAUAUUAUCAAGAAAGCAAGAGUUCGAAAAUUAUGGAAUCUUUCAAAAAUAUGGUUCCUCAAUUCGCUACCGUACUCAGAGAGGGCGAAAAACUGACUCUGCGGGCUGAAGAUCUGGUAUUAGGCGACGUCGUCGAAGUCAAAUUUGGCGAUAGAAUUCCAGCUGAUAUUAGAAUAAUCGAAUCUAGAGGUUUCAAAGUUGAUAACUCGUCGCUGACCGGCGAGUCCGAACCCCAAAGCCGAAGUCCCGAAUUUACUCACGAGAAUCCAUUAGAAACCAAAAAUUUAGCUUUUUUCUCGACCAAUGCAGUUGAAGGCACUGCCAAAGGUGUUGUUAUCAGUUGUGGAGACAAUACUGUGAUGGGCCGUAUCGCCGGUCUCGCUUCCGGUCUGGACACUGGCGAGACCCCCAUCGCCAAAGAAAUCCAUCACUUCAUCCAUCUCAUUACCGGCGUAGCUGUAUUUUUAGGAGUAACAUUUUUCAUCAUCGCUUUCAUUCUUGGUUACCACUGGUUGGACGCUGUUAUUUUCCUCAUCGGAAUCAUCGUCGCCAAUGUACCGGAAGGUCUGCUGGCCACCGUAACGGUAUGCCUGACCCUGACGGCCAAGCGAAUGGCUUCGAAGAACUGUUUGGUGAAGAAUUUGGAAGCCGUCGAAACUCUUGGAUCGACCAGCACGAUUUGCUCAGACAAGACUGGAACACUGACUCAAAACAGAAUGACCGUAGCUCAUAUGUGGUUCGAUAACCAAAUCAUCGAGGCCGACACGACUGAAGAUCAAUCCGGAGUGCAGUACGACAGGACCAGUCCCGGAUUCAAAGCUUUGUCGCGUAUCGCUACAUUGUGUAAUAGGGCAGAGUUCAAACCAGGUCAAGAUGGCGUAGCGAUCCUAAAACGCGAAGUUAACGGAGAUGCCUCGGAAGCUGCCCUUCUGAAGUGUAUGGAGCUGGCCUUGGGCGACGUGAUGUCGAUAAGACGGAAGAACAAGAAGAUAUGCGAAGUUCCCUUCAACUCUACCAACAAGUAUCAAGUGUCGAUUCACGAAAACGAAGACCCCAACGAUCCACGUCACAUUUUGGUGAUGAAGGGAGCCCCUGAACGGAUCUUGGAGAGAUGCAACACUAUCUUCCUCUGCGGCAAAGAGAAGGUGCUGGACGAGGAGAUGAAGGAAGCGUUCAAUAACGCCUACUUGGAACUCGGAGGUCUCGGAGAACGUGUUCUCGGAUUUUGCGAUAUGAUGCUGCCUACCGACAAAUACCCUAUCGGCUAUAAGUUCAACAGUGACGACCCCAACUUCCCUCUAGACGGUCUACGCUUUGUAGGUCUUAUGUCCAUGAUUGACCCUCCUCGUGCUGCUGUUCCAGACGCCGUCGCGAAAUGCAGAAGUGCCGGUAUCAAGGUCAUCAUGGUCACCGGGGAUCACCCGAUCACGGCCAAGGCCAUCGCGAAGUCGGUCGGUAUCAUUUCCGAAGGGAACGAGACCAUUGAAGAUAUUGCUCAACGUUUGAACAUCCCGGUGUCGGAGGUUAAUCCGCGAGAAGCCAAAGCGGCCGUUGUUCACGGAUCCGAUCUAAGAGAUUUGUCUUACGACCAGAUCGACGAGAUUUUGAGAUAUCACACGGAGAUUGUAUUCGCCAGGACCUCGCCACAACAGAAACUCAUCAUCGUGGAGGGCUGUCAAAGAAUGGGUGCCAUUGUCGCUGUUACAGGUGACGGAGUGAACGAUUCCCCAGCAUUGAAGAAAGCGGAUAUCGGUGUCGCCAUGGGUAUAGCCGGUUCCGACGUGUCCAAACAAGCCGCCGACAUGAUCCUGCUCGACGAUAACUUUGCUUCAAUCGUUACCGGCGUUGAGGAGGGUCGACUCAUCUUCGACAACUUGAAGAAAUCCAUCGCCUACACUCUGACAUCCAACAUUCCCGAAAUUUCACCUUUCCUUGCUUUCAUUCUUUGCGACAUCCCCUUGCCUCUGGGUACCGUGACCAUUCUGUGUAUCGAUUUGGGAACUGACAUGGUGCCAGCUAUUUCAUUGGCUUACGAAGAAGCUGAAUCUGAUAUCAUGAAGAGACCUCCCAGAGAUCCUCAAAACGACGAACUUGUCAAUUAUAGGUUGAUUUCAAUGGCUUACGGACAGAUUGGUAUGAUACAAGCCGCAGCAGGUUUCUUCGUCUAUUUCGUCAUUAUGGCUGAGAAUGGGUUCCUACCUAUGCAAUUGUUCGGUAUCCGAAAGCAGUGGGAUUCGAAAGCAGUUAACGAUCUAACAGAUUCUUAUGGCCAAGAAUGGACAUACCGCGAUAGAAAGUCAUUGGAAUUCACCUGCCAUACAGCUUUCUUCGUGUCGAUCGUUGUGGUGCAAUGGGCCGAUUUGAUCAUUUGCAAGACCCGUAGAAACUCGAUCAUUCAUCAGGGAAUGAGAAACUGGGCUCUCAACUUUGGCCUCGUUUUUGAGACCGCUUUGGCUGCUUUCCUUUCGUACACACCCGGUAUGGAUAAGGGUUUGAGGAUGUAUCCUCUCAAAUUUGUGUGGUGGUUACCAGCUCUUCCAUUCAUGUUGGCCAUCUUCAUUUACGACGAGGUACGAAGAUUUUAUAUACGACGCUGCCCUGGUGGUUGGUUAGAACAGGAGACCUAUUAUUAAGUGUUAUAUCAAAGUACUGCCAUUCGGUGGAAACUGCGAGUCCCAUCGGCCGCAGGUUAAAUAGUUUUUUUCGAUAGGAGGGACCUCGCGAAAAUAUCCAGAAACUUAUAUCAACACCGAAGAAUCAUCCAUCAUUUUCAUACAGCAAUCGAGACGAUGUCUUUCCCUAUUGAUAAUUGUACAAAUACUGUUGCUAAUUCUAGUAAAUUUGCUGCUUGAGCAGUUUGAUAGUUACGUAAGGCGUACAGGAGUGAUUUGCGACUUAGUUGAGUUAAACUUGUACGCGUUAGCUAUUUAUUAUAUUAAUCUCAUGAAUUUCGGUUGAAGAACAUGUAAUGGGUCUUGUGGCGGAAGAGCAAACGCGAACCACAACCAAAAACAAUAAAACACACUGUCGAUCAACCAAUUUAGAUGCAAUAGUGGUUUCAUACAUUCCAGUUGAGAACUACAGUUGCCUUAGCGCUCUCAUACAAGGUAUGAUGUUCGGUGGGGUGUGGGUCCAGGUGACAGCCGAUCUCGUUGCCUGUUGAGGGAUGUCACCCGGUCUCAACACAUAGUAGCGUCGAUGUGGGUGAAUGAAGUUAGUAUCAUUUAGGCUUUCAACACUUAGGUUAGCUAGAUUGUAACUGUGUUGUUAUUCGUAUUUAAUGUCAACCAGGUCGUGCUCAAUACAUAACAUGACUACUACUAUCACGAUUGUAAUCGUCUGACAAGUCAUUCAUUUUUGUAUAUACUUUACCGUUUGAGCUCUGCGCCGUCGUACACAAGACGACGCUCAGAGCUGAUCGUAUUGUUAUAAUAAUACACACUACAUAUUGAAAGUCUGCUUUAGUAGAGCGUUAUUUUUUCAUAACCAACCGCGCUCUGGUCUGAGACCAGUGGACCAUGGUAUUGUUAUCUGAUUGUAAAUAUUUUUAAGUGAAUCACUUAAUCAUUUUUUUGCUUAUGUUCUUUUCACAUUCAUGUUUUAGUACGUAAAGAAGCUGUAUAAAUUUGGUUGUAAUAAAAUGGAUGAUAGUAACAUA